UCGCCCCUCCCCUGCGCUCCGGGAAUGCUGGGUUGUUUACAUUACAGUCACACGGGUCAGCGUUGUGGUGAUGAGGGGGGCCUAGUAGUGGAGAGUCUGUCCGAAAACACGUACACAUCUCGCCUGGCUGUGCGGCACAGGCGCUCUCUGCGAGACAACUUUCCAGCUCAGUCACGGUGCCACGCAGGAACAGAGGCCCACCGAGUCCACUUCUCGCAGCGACCUUGGAAAGAAAGGGAAAGUCAAAACAAAGAUAACCGCCAUAACCAUCAGGAAAAAGCCUCAGCGUGAAGAAGGAAUAGCUUAGCAACUGUCUCCCACUUCCUGAGGUGUACGGGAUCAAGCUCCUAACACCAUGGAUAUGGACACGCAGCCACAAGGACAGCAAGCAGCUGUGCCAGUGUUUCAACCCCAGAAACCGUUGCAGCCAGAUAUGGGCCAUAAUUCACUGGCUAACUUCCAGAUUGAGAAGAAGAUUGGACGCGGCCAGUUCAGCGAGGUGUACCGAGCGAGGUAUCUGCUGGACAACACGUCUAUGGCCCUGAAGAAAAUUCAGAUAUUCGACUUGAUGGAUGCCAAAGCUCGGCAAGAUUGCAUCAAAGAGAUAGAUCUCCUUAAGCAAUUGAACCAUCCCAAUGUGAUAAAAUACCACGCGUCUUUUAUUGAGGACAAUGAGCUGAACAUAGUACUGGAGCUAGCAGAUGCUGGAGACCUCUCUCGUAUGAUCAAGCACUUUAAGAAGCAGAGAAGGCUUAUCCCAGAGAAAACAGUGUGGAAGUACUUUGUUCAGCUCUGCAGUGCGCUUGAACAUAUGCACUCUCGGAGAGUCAUGCACAGAGACAUCAAGCCAGCCAACGUAUUCAUCACAGCUACUGGAGUAGUUAAGCUAGGAGACUUGGGACUGGGGCGAUUCUUCAGCUCUAAAACAACUGCUGCUCACUCGCUGGUGGGUACUCCUUACUACAUGUCACCGGAGAGGAUACAUGAAAACGGCUACAACUUCAAAUCUGACAUCUGGUCGCUAGGAUGCCUGCUCUAUGAGAUGGCAGCCUUACAGAGUCCGUUCUAUGGGGAUAAGAUGAACCUCUACUCACUUUGUAAGAAGAUAGAACAGUGUGACUACCCCCCUCUUCCCUCAGAUCACUAUUCAGAGGAGCUGAGGAAAUUGGUAGAUAUGUGCAUCAACCCGGACCCGGAGAAGAGGCCGGACAUCACCUACGUGUAUGACAUUGCCAAACACAUGCAGAGCAUGACGCAGGGCAGCUAAGCCCAGAGUUACGCACACUAUGCCUUGCAGAACUCCUGUCCACGACCUUCUUGCUUUUCAAGCUGGACUCGUCCGUCUUCAUUAAUAGAAAACUUGCUCCAGUUUCUUGUCAUCAAUAGUAACACGUUUUUUAAUUUUCAGAGUGCUCGUUCAGUCUGUAACCUUUUCUCCCCUCGAGUAAAGAAUAUAUUAUAUUACCAGUGCA